GGAUGGGCUCCUGAUGGUCACUGUAGGUCUCUGUCGCCCCUGCUGUGUCUCCAGGUCUCGCUCCCUGGCUCUGGCCUCUUGUGGUCUCUGUCAUCCAUGGCCCCCUGCCAGGGUCUGCUCCCCUGUCCCCCUCCUCGGGUCCAUGUCUCUCCCCCACCUCCCCCGUCCCCCCCAUAUGCCCCCUGAGGCCCUGUUCCCUCUUGUCCCCAUUGGGCAGGGCUCCUGCCCCUAGUUGCCCUGCUGGGCUGGGGGAGGGUUGGGGUGUGGGUUCCCAGCAUAGCUGGGCCCUUAAGUUUCCCAGAAAGCCAUCUCCCCCCCACACCUCCUCCCCCAGCGCACACAUUGUUUCAGUGUCUGGCUGUUUUUUCCUGUCCAGGACCCUCCAAGGCCAGGCCAGGGCUGACUGGCAGUGACUACUGUCCUGCCCUCUGCAGCUGGGGAAACUGAGUCAUGGGGGGGUUAGGUUAAGGGGUGAGAAUUCCUUGUGUGUUGGCUUCCUUCCCUAGUCUAGCUGGAGACUUGGAGGUGGGGGACGAGGGUGGGGGGGUGUCCCACGCCAGGGCAGCAGGGCCUCCCUGUUUCCCUUCGUUACAGAGAUGGACUCGGAGGCCCCACUGACAGCUCCCCAGGGACUGUGUUCACCCUCUGCUGCAGGCAUGGCAUCUAUACUUGACCCUUGCACAUGGCCUUGUGCAGAGUCCUUGGUCCCACAGGAUGCUGUCCACAGGACCCAGGUCACCUAAACCACCAUGACUUCCCUGUCCACGGUCCUGGCUACACCUGCUUCAGUACAGCUAGAGCCCUAGGCCCGGUGGCUUUUCACACCCGUCUACACCAAGUCCUCUUCUGGGAUGACGUCUGCUGACUGUGCUAGACCCCAGACUCCCUUUGUCCACCAUUCAAGAGGGCUCCGUGUGCGCCCGCAUCGUCCAACCCACAAAGGAGCCUGGCCCACGAAACCUCAUGGUCCCGGAUGGGUUGGGUUAAGGUUGAGGUCGCAGCAGCCCAGCACUUCCCUUUCCUGGAAGCCCUAAGCUGUGUCACCACUAGCAGGUGUCAGCUGCCCCACCCCUCUCCCUUCGCCUUAAAGGGGUCCCUCUCCCGAGGCCUCCCAGGGUUAUAGCUCCUCUGUCUAACUGUGCCUGCCAGGGCUCGGAGGCCGAGUAGGACGUGGGAAUCCGGGUUCUAAGCUUGCCCUUCUGGUGUGGUGUGGCCUCCUCGUGUAGGCCUCAUUUUUCCCCGCGUGGGUAGUGGGGACUGGCCGUGAUUCCUGGAGCUCAAGGGGGCCUCCCGGGAACUCUCCGACUCGGGGAAGAGGGCGGAGCCGCACCCCAGAGGGGCCGCUUCGCGCAUGGGUUUCAAGGAUCACUCCCGGCCCCGCCCCACGAUGACUCUCCACAUCCUUCUGUUGCUUCUCGCCUCCACGGUCCUGGGGGACCGGGACCCCGUGGGCAGGCAGCCCCAGCGCCAGGUCGCCCAGCACCGCAGGCGCUUCUGUUCCCUGGUCACAUGCCAGACCCACCGCCUGCCAGAGAUGAUCUACUGGUUCAGCUCCGCCUCCACCAAGGAGCUCUCCGGGAAGGCCGGCCGCGAGCCCCAGGACCCCCACAGCUACGGGCGCCGCCGUCGGCGCGAGGCCAGAGCCCUGCUCCGUCUCCAGGACCCUGGCCUGAAGAAAAGAGGCCAGCGCAGUGCCCAGCUUGCUGCGUGA